AUGUCAAGAGACUGGUCAACUUCUACUGUGAAAGUCUACAAGCAAGAUUACGUCACUUGUGGAGAUCAUGUUGAAGUUUUUGUUUAUUAUGGCGUGAGCAGACCUCUUGUGAAUUUGUCCAAGAAUUUCCUCGAGCAGACCAGUUUUGCGGACGCAACCGUGAUCCCGGUCCACUCUUCGGUAGUCACUGUGAUGGUUAAUGAGAGUUGCAGCUACUGUUUGAUACAUGCUGCUAAUAAUGUCACUACAACUUAUUAUUCAUACUAUGAAGAAGAUCAGCAUACUUAUACGAGCUAUGAAUACCCAUGGAUCUUCGCUGAUAACGCUAAAUACGCAAAUAGCUGUUUGAAAAUCAAUAUAGAAAACAAAUUGACAAAUAAACACACAAUCUUGACCUUAAACGUUGAAAGGAUAGAGAAUGGAGCGUUGAACAUUACUGGAUAUGAGAACCUCUCGGCUAGAAGUGCGACAUGCGAUUUCAAAAAGAAAAAGAAUUUUACGAGGGUGGAACAACCACAAAUCGUUGACACCAAUCUGCAGUGUCUUGAGAUCAUAAUAAAUUUGAUCGAUGGAGUUGAUUACACAAGAAGCUCCAUUUCAUUCAGAGCCUUUAAAUGGAUGGAAGAUUCUGUUGACUUCAAAUUGAUUACAAUGAGUCGUGAUGACAAAGUGGGAAACAUUCGAAUGAAAUUUGAUAGAUUUGACUAUCCAAUUUGGCUUUUAUUAUCCGUUGGUGAAGCUGAUUGGAUCAAAUACUUGCGGAAAGUUCGAUGGGAUCAUCACGAUAAAGACUGUGAAUAUUUGCUUAUUGAAGGUUCUCCACCGGGAAAAGUGAAAGAUCUAAGUCGAGAAUUGGCGAUUUUUAGAGAUCAAGAUUUAUUUUUUCCACAGUUUUUGCUCUCAAGAAUGUACUCGUUGCUCAUUCCACCCAAUUGCUCUCCAACAAUUGUGAUGAGCUCAGAGCCGAUUGAGUUCGGCAAAACCAUUCCUGAACAAGAAUUGUGUGCUGGAACUGCAUUAAUCAUCACUCCAUACUAUCACAAAGAAACGAAAGACGAGAUUGUUUUAGAUUUCAUUAUGUACAACUUUUAUUGCUAUCGAUUUCUAAUCAAUGUGAUUAUUGAAGUGAUCGAAGUUGAGUCUGGAGUGGUUACGGUUGAAUUUCGAGAUUAUUUCAACAAAACGCGGAGCAAUGAAACG